AUGGAAUCUGAAAUACAAAUAUUCCAUGAUACUGCUUAUGGUAUUUAUGACGAGAUUAAGAGAUAUUCCCUGCAAAAUCGAAAUGCUAAAUUUGGGGUAGAGUGUCAUUUAACAUAUAUAUUGACACAAUUCACCAGAAUUAUAGAAUUAGCAGAAUCUACUCUUAAGAAUAAUAAUUUAGUUGAACGAACACUUUCAAAGUUAGUUACUAAAGAGGAUUUGCAAGACUUUAAAGAUGCUCAAUUUGAUGAAUCUAAAGAAAUUCUAAUGGAUAUUCAAUCCGCAGUACAUAACCAAAGGAAAACUACUUCUGACAGUGUUGCUGGCGAAAAAGUUCCUAGCACCCUUAGUUAUAGAGAUACCCUACUAAAAGGAAUAAAACCAACCUUACCUGCAAAUGAACCACCUCCACCAGAAUACACAGUUUUGGUAUAUAGUGAUAAAGUCGGUGCCACUUGUGAUGAAACUAAACGUAAUCUAACUAAUAACGUGCAACCUGAUAAACUUGGCAUAGGGAUACGUAGAAUAAGGAAGAUUAGGAAUGGAGGACUUGCAAUUGAUUUAAGCCAUAAGAAUGAGGUAGGCUAUUUUAAAGAGAAUGUUGAACAAGUUCCUGGCUUGGUUUCCAGACUGCCGAAAAAGCGACUUCCACUAAUCAAAAUUGCUUCCGUUCCUAAAGGUAUCAAUAAAGACGAUCUCAUAUUAGAUAUCUUUGAGCAAAACGUGUACCUUCUAGAAACUUUUACUGAUCGCACUUUUGCUGAACAUGCUACUAUUAGAUUUCCGCUUAAAGAAAAGAAUGAAAAUUAUCUUUCAUGGAUUCUAGAGGUAUCUCCACAGGUUAGGGAGAAAUUAGUAAAGGCAGGGAAAAUUCAUCUUCUUUGGUCGACGUGUCAAGUUUUUGACUUUUUUCCUAUUACUCAAUGUUAUCGUUGCUUAUCUUUUGGUCACAUAGCAAAAAAUUGUACCUCAACAGACAAUGUGUGUAGUCAUUGUAAUGAGAAUCAUCUAUAUAAAAACUGCCAGAACAAACAUAAUUCACCAAAGUGUGCCAAUUGUUUACGAGAAAACAGAGCACAUAACUGUCAUAAUACAAUGGAUAAAACUUGUCCAGUAUAUCUUAAGGAAAAAACCAAAUUCCAACAAAGGAUUAAUUAUCAUAUAUAG